GGGCCUGAUAGCUGGCUUAUGUAACCCCGGGUGCGCGUUCUUUGAGGCCCGCGCGACCAGACGCGGUACGGCGAGUUGGAAGAGGUUGCGGGCGGCGGCCAGCGGGAGGAGGAGACAAAAACCGCGCCCGGGAGUAGGUGCUUUACUCCUGAGCGGUCCCGCCAUGGCCCAGCAGAGAGCCCUGCCCCAGAGCAAGGAAACGCUGUUGCAGUCUUACAACAAGCGGCUCAAGGACGACAUCAAGUCCAUCAUGGACAACUUCACCGAGAUCAUCAAGACCGCCAAGGUCGAGGAUGAGACACAGGUGUCACGGGCUGCUCAGGGUGAACAGGACAAUUACGAGAUGCACGUUCGAGCUGCCAACCUCGUCCGCGCCGGCGAGUCACUGAUGAAGCUGGUAUCAGAUCUCAAGCAGUUCCUGAUCCUCAAUGACUUCCCGUCUGUGAAUGAAGCCAUCGACCAGCGUAAUCAGCAGCUUCGCUCCCUGCAGGAGGAGUGUGACCGCAAGCUCAUCACGCUGCGGGACGAGGUCUCCAUUGACCUGUAUGAGCUGGAGGAGGAGUACUACUCGUCCAGCUCAAGUCUCUGCGAAGCUAAUGACCUGCCUCUAUGUGAAGCUUACUGGAGGCUGGACCUCGACACAGAUUCUGCUGAUGGCCUCUCAGCCCCUCUUCUGGCGUCCCCGGAGAUUGGUGCUGGUCCCUUGCAGUCUGCAGCCUCUGCCCACUCCCAUGGUGGUGUCCCUGGCCCCACGGAACACACCUGAGCCUCUUGGGGUAACUUCUCAGGGCAGCCCUCCCUAGGACCUGAGUUCAUCAGAAAGGAAGGCCUGUGGAUGCCCUCCACAGCGUAGCUUUUUUCAGUCCUUGGCUCCCACUUGGGGACUUUGGGAUGAGGAGCCAUUGUAGCCACAGGAAUGAGGCCAGUUCCCCAUGAUAGUUGGGGAAUGUUGUUUAAUUAUUUAUGGGCAGUUGGCCUUUCAUCUGUAAUAGCUACCUUCCUGAUUGUCAGGGGAACUUUGUCCCAUUGAGGACCUUGAGUGAGGAGGGUAACUGGUGAUAGAAAGACAGCUUCAGCUCAUUGUUUAGAAUUGAGGUGCUCAAUGGACCUUAGUCAAGUCCAGCCACCCAUCCUUAGGCUCAGGUUCCUAUAUAAAGCCCUGUCCACUGCUGCCUGGAACACGAAUGUCUGUGCCACAGCUGACAGUGCUAGCAAAAUUGUGUGAGAGGCAGCUAGCCAGGGCAUCUCUCUGGAUUCUGCCACCAUUUCCAUUUUGCUAUUUUUACAAUGAAGACUUUUGAAUAAAACAUCACGUUUUUGUGUUGCUCA